AUGCACUUCUCGGCUUAUCCUCUCCUCGCUACCGCUGCCAUUAUCACGGUCGGGCAAGCACUAUCAAUAACACUCAACGUCAAUGUCGACAACAAAAUCCAGAUGAUGGACGGCUUCGGAGUUUCUCAGGCCUUCCGGAAAGCCUUGAACAUCGAGAGGCUUCCAGCCCAGGAGUCGGCAGAGGUAUUGGACCUGCUUAUCAGCCAAACAAUCGGUGCCGGACUGUCAAUCUACCGCAACGGGCUUGGCUCAUCCCCCGACUCCUCAAACGGCCAGAUGAACUCGAUUCAGCCUCUUGAUCCCGGGGGGCUUGAUGCCACGCCGGAAUAUGUAUGGGAUGGCAUAGACAGUGGUCAGGUUUGGCUCGCCAAGCAGGCCUACGACCGAGGUGUGCGGACCUUCUAUGGCAACCCAUGGAGUGCGCCUGGGUACAUGAAGACAAAUGGCCUCGAUUCUGGAGCUGACGCACGACUCUGUGAUGGCAUCACUGGGACUGCCCGGACUGGAGAUGAGCGUUUGCCAGGCUUGCCGACGGCUGACUUCGCUACCUCGAAACAAGUGUGGGUGUCAGAUUGGGCGGAUCUUAGUGGAAACUGGACCACCGAAUGGGACAGCCAGAGCGGAGGAGAAGGCGACGGAAUCUACCUGGCUGGCCUGAUACACAACAGCAUAGCCCUAGGUCGAGUCAGUGCCUUCAUCUACGGUAUCGGCGCCGAAGCUGGUGGUGUCAACACGAAGCUCUUCUCCGUUGACGGCCCUACCCAUGAGUCCUCAAAGCGAUUGUGGGCCAUGGCCCAUUACUCGAGGGCUGCAAGGCCCGGUGCUGAGCGAGUCGAAGUUACCGGAGGUAACCUGAAGACGACUGCCUAUCAGAACACCGACGGCAUGGUGAGCGUGGUGGCGCUUAACAACGGUACCAGUGCCCGCACGACUUCUAUUCGGUUCACGGGCUUCACAGGAGAAACCGUCCAAGCCUAUAUCACCAACACCGCAAAAAUAUUUGAUUUGCUAAAUGCCAGUAUCAACAGCGCAGGCGACGUGACGGCAACCAUUCCUGCGCGGUCGAUUGUGACUUUCAUGCUGAGCGCCUAG